GGACCUUUUGAAUAGAUUUAUUGAUUUACACGAGCUCGACCGAAGUGCUGAUCACCGGGAAUAGGAGUCGAAAAGUUAUUUCUUGACCUUCCCUUUUUCCGUUGUUCUAUUAACCCAUAGGUCGGGAUUUAUAAUAAUGGGUCUUAUUAGAAUUAUAUAGACCUAGAAAGACUCACAUUAUGAGGACGACACCACUUGCUUCGAAUCUCAUCGAUAGCCUAAGUCUCUCUUCGCCGUGUUAAGCGCUUUAAACCAUACAAAGACCUCCGAAUAUUCAAGAUGAAGCUGUCAGGUGCAUCAUUUGUUAGCGUCGUCGUCGCCGCUGGCCUCGCGCACGCGCAAGGCACUGCCUCUCAGUUCUCUGUUACUGGAUUCUCUGCUGGAGCUACACCACAUUCGUCAGUUGGACACGCUAGCCUCAGUGUUUCGUUGGACGGCAAAGGCGAAGCGAAAUGCGUUAUAAGCACGCCUACUUAUCAAAAGUUUCCUAAUAUCGAAAAGACUCCGUGCGCCGAUUCGGCGACGUCCUUCAGCCUGACCCGAACGGCCGACUCCGGUGCCGAUUUGGAAAUUUGGCGCGAAGUAUCGCCGGGCGUCGUCGCCCAUGGCAAGCAUACCAUCCUGGCGAAGGAGAUCGCUUGGCAGAACCAACAACCUAACCCGAACGGUGCGAUAGAGGCCUAUGUUGGACCUGACAGCUUCACCUUCCCGGUUGAGAAAUAGGUAUAUAUAUAUCUAAAGAAAUGUUGAAUAUCGUAGGAGGAGAUGGGAUAUAUAUUGGAAGUAGACUU